CCUGCCUGACGACUGUGUUUAAGUCUCAACAACUAAGCGCAGUGAAAACACUUUCUGGGGGCACCAUGAGGUCCAUUUCAGGCUCCCAGGAUGUUAUUGAACUUCCACGUUUUACCUUCAACCCAAAGGAAGGGAUCGAUAAUCCAGCUCUCAUCAUCAAUGAUGAUCUCGAUCACAAUCAUUUGCCCAAACUCUACCAGUUGAGGCGGGUAGAGGGGCAGAACUUUGGCUUCAACCUGCGUAAAACCAUGGACAGUCACGGCUUUGAAGUCACAGAUGUGGCGUCUUGGAGCCCAGCUGAGCACAGCGGACUUAAAGAGGGGGACAGAGUGCUCGAGGUUAACGAGGAAUUUGUGGUCAACGUGGACUUCUUCAGGGUUGCAAGGAAGAUCCAGUCAUGUGGCUUACAUUUGGUUCUACUGGUGCUGAGGAAAAAUGACUACGAUCAGGCAGUGUGUAUGGGUGUAGACCUCCAGAUGUUGGCUACAGCCUCCAAAGGUGGUCCUUGCUCUCGGCCCAGACUGUGUCACAUCAGCCAACACCCACAAUGCGGACUGGGGAUGGCCCUGACCUCCGUGGAAGGGCAUAAAGAACAACACAUCCUGAGUAUAGUAACUGACGGUCCUGCAGACACGGCUGGAGUCACCAACGGAGACAGACUGGUGUGGAUGAAUGGCGUUGCAACAUCCACUCUCAAACACUCCUUUCUCAACAAAUCUCUUAAGAAGGGUGUGAACUCUGUGACGGUGCUGGUCAUUGAUGGAGAAAGCCAGUCUUGCUAUGUCAGGAGGAAGAUGCCCAUUAUGCCUGUACUGGCAGAACCCUGUUGUCUCCCACACUCGGCCAAGACGGUGCAUUUGGUCAAAGGACCUGACGGAUUUGGUUUCCUGUUGAGACAAGAGAAGCUGCCACUUACUCAACAAACAGUUCACUUGCUGCGGGAGGUGGAUGUGGGCAGUCCAGCAGAAGAUGCGGGGGUGGAGGAUGGAGAUCUACUACUGGCAGUCAAUGGCGAACCAGUGGAGUCCAUGGAGCAUGAGGAUAUUGUCAAAAUCAUUCGAAAGAGUGGUGAUAGAGUCAGCUUAACCACUAUAUCUAUACCAGGAAGAGAUUUCUUCAGACAACUUGGCGUUUCUCCCCUGUUCUUUCACGAUGAAUUCAUAUACCAGGAUGGCUGUGUCCCAGGUCAGACUGGAGCUCAAACAACACAGCUGCAAAGAAUGGGUAUUGGUGUCUUAUAAUGGAACUCUGGAAACGAUCCAUCCACGACGACUGAGGAGCUCAUGGUCAGACAUAAGGAUUUGGGCACAAAAUGUUUUGUUUUUUUUACAUGUUUUCACUUUUUUUUUAUUGUCUAAGUGCUGGCACUGAAUCAACCUUUCUGACCUUGUGAUUUAAAAAAAUAUUAAUGUUGUUGUAUUUAACUGUAACAUAAGCUUUGUAAAUGACAAUUUGCAGUAAAUAAUUGCAAAAUUAUACACAAAAAUCCGCUGCCUGGACAAAAUGAGUUCUGUUUAUUUUGAAUACUUUUCAUCAGGCAACAUAAAUGGUUGAUUCCGACUUGUCAAAGAUGCUGUACUUCUUUCUGAGACAAAGUUCCUUACUAUUACCAACUUCCAUUGGUAAGGCAGUCACUUUAGGGUACCAAUAUUUUUUGUUCAUAAACUGCCUUUUUCAGCAUUUCUUAAUGUUAACGCGAAUGCAUCCCUAAGUCUAAGUACCGCACUCAUAUUGUGGGUUUGUCCUGGGAUCAUUUUUACUAUUUGCAGCAUUUUUAUAGUUUUACUAGCUCAGCAUGACUCCAAAGAAAGUGUUGGAUGAGCAAUAUUUGGUUUGAAAAACUCUGGAUCCACAACUCUCUCCUUCUCCUGCCACACGCCAAGAAGAUUAACCGACAAGGUAUACUGGAUUUUAUUUUUUAUUUCUAAUUAUUGUAGCAAAGCUGGCUGUCAAAGUUAUGUAUUUGUAUUGAUUUUAAACUGUGAGUGCACCACAGGGCAAGUGUGUGUGCGUGUCAGCAGGGCGAAUGCAAACAAGGAAGCCAGUUCACCUAUUUCUUUUUACAUUAUUAUUAUUAAAUAGAAAAUGUAUCAAUGACCCUAUUGUUACUUGUACAUUUGUUUAAUAUACAGCACUGUAGAGCCCUUUAUAUUGUGUUCAAAGUGUACAAACAUUUGCUAAAAUGUGCACUUUUGUCGAGGCUGGAACAAGUGAUAAUUUAGUUGACUAAAUAUUUUCGUCUUAGUCAUCAUCAACACCCAAUUUUCCACUGACCAAAAUAAGAGGAUAACUAAUCAAAACAAAUGCAUGUUGACUAAGACAAUGACAAAAUGAACUGACAUUUUAGUCAACGAAUGAGAACGAGAAGAAAAUGUUGACCAACAAAAUUUAAUGAGUGGAACAAGUUAUGAAUAGAUCUCAUCGUAGCUCUUUAACAGCGUACAUGCACUAUGGAAGAGGGGUCAGGCUGGGAGUUAGUUAUGAAGGAGAACCAAUCAAAUAUUUUUCCUUGGGAGAUAAGAAAUUUGAUUUCUUACUGCCAAAACAAUUACGAUGUAGAACAUGUUAAAUCCAGAACAUGUUCUCCAUCAGAAUAUGUGUACACCUGGAAGAAAGUGAAAAGGACAUAUUUCAUUUUUGAUGCUUUAUGAAGCCAUUAGCAGGCAAGUCCUCGUGACAUCUACACAAUUGUAAGUUCAAACUAAUUAUUCCACUGUAUUAUUUCUUUACAAGUAAAUUAUCAAGUAAUUUUCUCUACUUCAAGUAAUCGUUUAAUGGUAUGACAAAUUUUACUGUAGUCUAAUGCGCUAAUUUCACAAGCGCAGUGAAAAGAGGAGGUCCAUGCAACGUUUCCUAUUUACUUGUUUAUUUGAGGCAGACAUUUAACAACAAAUGAAAGGCUGCCGCACACCCCGACCCUGAGCGGUAGAAGUGCCUGAAAGAUAAAUGUGGACCUGUGGAGCAAAGAAUUACUAAAUACAUAAUUA